AUGGGAGUGCCGAAGAGGCUCAGCCUGCAAUGCUUGGCCUUGGCUGCGACAGACACCCUCGAGGACGACGCUGCGGCGGAGAGCGGGUCCCUGCCAGAAUGCGCAAGACGAAGGCGAAGGAUGUUUCUGCUGACAGUGGAGGAUGCUUCGUCACGAUUGCCUUCAUGGAAGCUGACCGGUGGGUCCGCGCCCAUGCCUUCAAGCUUGCGUUGUGAUCCCGAACAUUCGGACACGAAGACUUGUGCCCCGAGGGCCUUCAAAGUUACAGCAGGGUGCAUCGAGAGCUCAGAGUUUCCGCAUCCGGCUGUUGAGCUGUUCCUGAUCAUGGUCCGACCCGGUACGAGGCAAGUGCACAAGAUUGCACAAACAAGCGGUUGGUUAGCAUGA